UACGGCUCGACAGUUCAACGUACGCCAGGCCGCAGACGCGCAAUAAAGCCAGCAAGCUACAUAGCUAAACCUCAUAAAUUAUCCAUUUUGACCGGGGAAAUGGUCGAUAGCCACUUCAACCGUCGCGUUUCUUUUGACACCAUUACUGGCGGUGAGCCAACAGACAAAAACUCACUCGCCUUUACACUAAAUAUUCGCCACAAAGGGUAUCAGUACAAAAGACGGUCUCGCACGUUUAUGGUGGGUGUGGGGGAGAAUGAAUAUUCUGAAAUUGCUUUACAAUGGAUGUUAGAGGAACUAGUGGAUGAUGGUGAUGAGAUAAUAUGCGUCAGAGUUAUCGAUAAAGAUGCAAAGGUGCUGAACGACCGAAAUAUGGAAAAGCGGCAGUAUCAAAUAGAAGCUAAGGAGCUGCUCGAACGUAUAGAAGUCAGAAAUGAUAACAAUCGCGCUGUCAGCAUCGUUUUAGAGUUUGUUGCUGGAAAGUUACAUGCAACAUUCCAAAGGAUGAUUCAAAUGUACGAGCCGGUCAUGUUAAUUGUAGGAACCAAAGGCAGGAGCUUAGGUGGCCUUCACGGUCUUAUGUCCAAUCGAAAUUCGUUUUCUAAGUGGUGCCUACAAUAUUCGCCAAUCCCAGUUGUCGUCGUUCGACCCACUAGUAAGAGGUUGAAGAAAAAGAAGCAGCGAGAUGCUGAUCCGACACGGCAGGAUUAUGCUCGCAUCUUACGUGAGAGUGGAAUUGAAGAGCACGAAACAGAGACCGCUUCUCACUGCAGCAAUUGGGAAAUCUCUAAUGCGCCAGAGGUCGAAGCUCAUGCCGUAGCAGCAGCCCUAGGUCUUCCUGCAAAGUUCGAACCAAAACUGAAGCCCAUAUAUUCGGAGGUUAUCACGCCGCCGAAGCUUGCCUUGUCCGAAAAGGCUCAUGCGACCGCUUCCACUCCUUCGCAAGUUGGCCAAAAUAGUCAAACACUCGACACUGAAGAUCCCCUGACUAUUACAAGAUCAGUAUCCCCUUCGCCUGCUCCAAGUCCCACGCAAGUGGAUUGCAGCGAGUCCAAAAUUGAGGACAGCUUAGACAAUUCUGGCAACGAAAACGAAGAGCUAGUAGAGACAACUUCAGAAAUUUUAUUGGUGAACGAUAGUGGUGAGAAGUCUCAUCAUGUCCAGAGUCAUACAUUGUAUGAAGAAGACUCUGAAGCCUCUGCAUCCACUAAAAACAGAAUUGGGUCUGUCGGCAGCGUGCAAAGCAUCGAUCCGAACACUGAAGACGUUCCGGCAACGAAUGAAGAAAAAUCGGUACCAAGCACUAUUCAAUAG